UCCAUGGCAUGGUCCGGUGGCGGCCGCGCCGACCGACAUCGACCGGCCGACCGACCGAGGCUGCGUCAUAUGUCACGGUCACUGAUCUCCAUCAGCAGAGUGUGGCCACUGUCCGGUGGCCCGGAUGAUCGACGACCGACGUCCAGCUGCUGUGCCAUGAUUGACACGAUAAGAACGAACGAAGAGCUAUGAAAGCAGACUAGUGUUGAAUGAAGUGUUGAGUGGAUAUCGUGCAAUGCAAAGUUAUUUUGAUUUACUACGAUCACACGACGAUGAAGAUAAUUGAUGUACUCAACCUCAGCGAGCAACAGCAACAGGUGUUAGUUGCAGGUGCUGCUGUGCUUGCUACGGCUGGAGUAGCCUCUGGUGCUGCCUGGUGGUGGUACAGAAAGACAACGCUAUCUAAUCUAGUUUUUAAACCUGUUGGGAAGCUGAGUACCAUCUUCAUUCAUCCUAUUAAGUCAUGCAGAGGUCAUGAAGUGAGGAGGGCGGAGUGUACUGCAGAGAACCUGAGCAGUAGUGGGCUCAUAGACAGGCAUUUUGCUAUACUCGAUGCGGAGAACAAAGUUGUUACUAUGAGGACUGAACCAUCUCUAGCUCUAGUUCAGCCUCGUCUAUCUGAAGAUGGUGAAAGGUUAAUUCUUGAAGCACCUGGAAUGGAUCCAUUGGAAGUCACUCUUGCAGACAUUACAAGCUCAAAGAACCCUGUUUUUGAUUUCAGAAUAUGGAGAUUGGAUUCUGCUGGAUUAUACUGUGGACAAGAGAUGGGAGACUGGAUUAGUAACUUCCUUCAGAAACCUGGCUGCAAACUUGUCUAUUUUAGACAAACUACCACCAAGGACAGAAUACUGGCACAGGACUCUAAAUGGGGACAAAAGUUCAAGUCCAAUGAGAAAGUGUGCGGCUUUAGUGACUUUGGUCCACUCAUGAUGCUCACAGAAGCCUCCAUGGAUGAUCUCAACUCACGCCUAGAGAAACAAACAACCAUGAGAAGAUUCAGACCCAACUUUGUGGUUUCAGGAAACGCUGCCUUUGAUGAGGAUCAAUGGAAAUAUGUGAAGAUUGGUGAUGAAGUGAUCCUGCGUAGGUCUCACGGAUGUGGAAGAUGCAGAAUGGUAACUGUCGACCCAGAGACUGGUGUAAUGAGUGAAGAUACUGAACCACUCAAAACACUCAAAGAAUAUCGAAUGGCGGACAAGUCAGACCCGGACAGUAAAAUUUUACAUACUGCUCCAGUGUUUGGAUCUAACCUGGUUUGCGAGGUAGCUGGUACCAUGUGUGUUGGUGACAUUGUAUAUGCUGCAUUUUAAACAUCAGUAUGUUUCUUACAUAGCAAUUUUGUUUUCAUGUUUAUUUUAUUUUCUUUCGUUUCGGUGUUUUACUGUAAAGGCUCUGGAACUUGCACAGGGUACUCUAUAAGUUCAUUUAAUUAGCAGUAUUAUAAUAUUGUAUUACAAAAUCAUAUCGAUUAAUUACCCAACACUCAUUGUUUUAUUUUUAAAAUUUUAGGAAGCAGAGUCUAUGCUUGUAAAAUAUUUGAUUUAGUUGUUAUACAAAGAGAAAGAAGUGUCAGGGUAGUUUUUGCUGAGGUUAUGUUUAUAACCUGGGGCCAGUUUCAUAGGACACAAAAAACAAUGUCCACAGAAUUACAUUAAACUUUAUACACCAUUUGAAGUUAAUAAUGGUAGAAAGCUU